GUUCGGUGUGGUGUUGUUUUGUGUAGUGUAGUAUUACGAAAGUGUUAAGGAAAUAAGCGCGACAUUAUGCAAAUAAUUUAAGAUAAAAAGUUUAUUUACGUAAGUUACUCUAUGAAGGGAAUGGUAUCGCGUUUCUUGCGAGUUAGAUUUAGUAAAGUUCUGAAGCUUAAAGAUCAUAUGUUUCACCCAAUCUGUCAAAAUUACACUUCAGUAGCAGCAGUAGUAGCGGAGCAAAAUAUCAAGUUGAAGAAAAUGGAAAAUGUAGUGGAUAUCAAAUUCCCUGCGGGUUCAUUGGUGCCAAAAAAUGAGACCGGGGCGCUAAGUUUCAUCCGCAAGUAUCCGGAGUACAACGGGAAGGAUGUGACUAUUGCGAUACUGGACUCGGGAGUCGAUCCACGAGCGAAAGGACUCGAGACCCUGCCCGGCGGCGAUGUGAAAGUUAUCGAGCGCUACGAUUGUUCCGGGUGUGGCGAUGUAGACACCAGCAAAGUCGUUACGGCCAGUCCGGAAGAAACGAUCGUUGGUCUAUCGGGGCGAACGCUGCGGCUGUCCAGCGCAAUGAAAGCCAAAAACGCCAACGGCAGUGAGUAUCGCAUCGGACUGAAAAGUAUGCACGAUCUGUACCCAUCGCGUAUCCGGGAAAAGAUUGUAGCCGAUGCGAAACUCAAAACGUGGGAUGAAUCGCACAAAAAGGCGUUGGCGGCCGUUAGCAGGGAUAUUGCGGACUUUGACACCAAGAACCCCACAGCACAAAAUUUUUCCGUGAAGGAUAAACUCACCAAGGAGAAUCUGGAGAGCACGAUUGAUUACCUGAACGCGUGCGAGAAGAAGUACUCCGAUCUGAAAACGACGUACGAUUGUGUGUUGUUUUUGACCGAGAAUGGUUGGGUUGCCGUUAUCGAUACUACGGAAAGCGGGGAUCUGGAAAAUGCGGUUCAUGUGGCGGAAUACAGUAAAACUCAUGAGAUGGUUAAUUUGGAUGACUUUCUGUCGAUUUCGAUUAAUGUUCACGAUGGUGGAGAUGUGCUGGAAAUCGUUGGAAUGUGCUCAAGCCACGGUACACAUGUUGCAUCGAUCGCAUGUGGAUACCAUCCUGACAAUCCGGAAUUGGAUGGUGUGGCUCCUGCUGCUAAGGUUGUUUCGCUGACCAUUGGGGAUGGUCGAUUGGGUUCGAUGGAAACAGGAACAGCGUUGGUUCGGGCGAUCAUCAAGGUGAUAGAACUGUGUGAAGCUGGCCGGAAGAUAGAUGUUAUUAACAUGAGUUAUGGUGAGCACGGCCACUGGUCCAACUCAGGACGGGUCGGGGAGCUGAUGAGUGAACUGGUUAACAAAUACGGUGUGGUGUGGGUAGCGUCAGCAGGUAAUCACGGUCCUGCUCUGUGUACCAUCGGCACUCCUCCGGAUAUAAGCCAACCAAGCUGCGUUGGUGUGGGAGCUUAUGUGUCCCCUGAAAUGAUGGAAGCGGAGUAUGCCUUGCGACAAAAACUUCCAGGUAAUGUUUACACGUGGACUUCACGGGAUCCGUGCAUAGAUGGUGGCUUCGGGGUGACCGUGUGUGCUCCCGGGGCUGCUAUUGCAUCUGUGCCUCAGUUUACAAUGUCCAAAGCACAACUGAUGAAUGGAACCAGCAUGGCCGCCCCACAUGUGGCCGGAUCGGUGGCGUUAUUGUUGUCCGGAUUGAAGCAAAAGAACAUUAAUUAUACUGCGUUCAGUAUUAAAAGAGCCCUCUGGAACACUGCCACCAGAAUAGACUAUGUGGAUAAAUUUGCGCAAGGUAAUGGACUUUUGAAUGUGGAGAAAGCAUUCGAGAACCUCACGUCGUACAGCGGUUUGGUGGAGAAUGAUUUGCGGUUUGCGAUAAGUGUGGGAAAUAAUGCAGCCAAAGGUAUUCACAUGCGUCAAGGUUUAUUGACAAAGCCGGAGGAUUUCAACGUUAGUAUUGAACCAGUAUUUUUCAAUGAGAAAUAUGCCUCUGCCGCUGAUAAAAUAAGUUUCAAUGUCAGACUAACACUCAUACCCUCAGAGCCAUGGAUUCAAUGUGGAUCUUUCUUGGACCUUUGCUAUUCAGCACGGACGAUAAGUGUCAAAGUGGAUCCAACAGGUCUUACUACCGGAGUUCACAAAGCAAGUAUCAAAGCGUACGACUCCUCGAGUGUUGAUAAAGGCGUCCUAUUCGAGAUACCAGUAACAUUGGUUCAACCGAUAGUGGUAGAUCCAAAGACGUUCGAAUACAGUCAUACGGAGGCGAUUCCAUGCAAACCAAACACCAUUCUAAGGAAUUUCUUCCUGGUACCAAAGUACGCCACGUGGGCUGUGCUCGAGAUGACUUCCGCUGAUAUAAAGGACACGGUCGGGGGAAAAUUCCUCAUCCAUACAAUGCAAAUACUUCCGAUGAAAUAUUGCAAAGCCCUGGAAACACAGAAAAUACUGCCUGUGAAUAGUGUAUCAACCACUGUCCACCCUUUCAAGGUUGCGGGCGAUAAUAUACUGGAAGUUUGUAUUGCGAAGUAUUGGUCAAAUUUUGGAACCGUGCCAUUGAAAUUUUCUAUCAAAUUCCAUGGAAUUUCCCCGCUGAAUGGAAAUUUGAUGCAUAGCGCAUGUGGCAUUCAUCGGAUAGACCUUACCACGCUGUCCACGGAAGAAGUUCUACCCUCGGUUUCGCUUAAAUCAGCCGCUAUGGUGUUGAAACCCACGGACACCAAAAUUACUCCUCUUACGGUUAGAGAUGUUAUCCAUCCGGGUCGCCAGAUCUAUCAGAACAUCCUAACUUACGCGUUGCAUUUAAACAAAAGUCAAGAGAUUGCAUUUUAUACACCACUGUUUAGUUCCGUUUUGUACGAGAGUGAAUUCGAGUCCCAGUUUUGGAUGCUGUUCGACUCGAACAAGAUGAUGAUUGGGUGCGGCGAUGCGUACUCGAACGAUUCGUACUUGAAGCUUGAGAAGGGUGACUACAUGAUUCGUUUGCAGAUUCGCCACGAGAAAAAAGAUUGGUUGGAGAAAAUCUCCGAAGCUAAUUUGCUGGCCAACAUCAAGCUCGCCAAUUCACUUUCGUUGGAUAUAUACAAGUCAUACAAUCAAGCCAUUAUUAGCGGGAAAAAGGUCACGACUUGCGCUUUCCCGGCGGGCGUUACUAGACCAAUUUAUCUAGCACCAAUUACGAACGAAAAGCUUCAGAAAGCAUCGUUCCCGAACCAAUGCUCCUGGCUGGAAGGAACCAUAGUGUACGCGAAGGACGAACUGGGCAAAAAAUGCGAUACUCAUAACUUCCAGUACAUCCUGAUCGAAGGACCUCCGGUGAAAAAGAACGGCAGCUGCAACUCCAAAGAUAGUAAAAGCAAAUUCGAGGAGUACAGCGAGGGCCUCCGUGAUUAUCACGUGUCGCAAAUUCCCAAGCUGGAUUCGGAAAAUGCUGAAACAGUUUACAAAACGGUAUUGAAGGACAAUCCCACUUUUUUGGCGGCACAUCUUGCGUUGAUCGACAAUCUUGACAAUGGUGAUUUGAAAUCGAAUCUGCCGCUAAGUUUCGCAUCCGGCUUGGAGAAGGGAGAAGCUGGCGCUUCAGCCGCUGCUGUGAGCAAAGUCCGGUUAUUGAGAAUUGUGGAGCUAGCCGAUCUAGUGCACAAGGACAUCGACCAGAACGCAUUGCUUGCGUUUUAUGGCUUGAAGACUGAUAAUAGACCGAAUGCGAUCAAGAUUAAAGCCCAAAUGGACAAACAAAAGCAACAAUUACUUGAAGCUGCCCAGAAAAAGUUGAUCGCAUUGUGCAAGCUGCGUGUCAUCAAAGCGGUUGUGGAUAGCAACGAAGUAGGUGACGGCAGUGGGGAUCAGCUGGAGGAAAUUGAACAGAUUUAUAACGACGUUGGGAAGUUUACCGACUAUAAUGAUUCGAAGGUUCUUCUGCUAUCAAUCUGGCACGCCUACACGUGGAAGCACUACGGUCGUAUGCUGAAAUAUCUUGGUAAGUUGUACGAAGAGAAACUGUCGCGAGAGAUUCUUGAUGAGCAGAUUCGCGUCGUUGCCGAGAACAAAUGGGCCCACAUCGAGCAACUACUGAACAAAGUGAUUGUUACCUCCAAUCCUCAGGGAUAUCGGUUGUUUUAAGUUCUUCAAACGGUAUAGAUUAACAAAUAGCAAAUUCAACUUUCGUGUUAAGUCGUCGGCGUUGUUUAUUCUUAUUGUACUUGUGAGCUUAUGGUUUACUCCAUUAGAAAAGGUAGCAAAUAAUAUUCAACGGUGUAACGGAUCUCAGUCGUAUUCAGCUGCAUUCAACAAAACAAACUUUAUUCGAUUUCAUUUGAACGGUUACUUUAUUGUACUAAAUACCUUCCAUUUGCUCCGAACCAUCUGUAAUGUAAUGAUCAGCCACGCAGAGUAUUUUCCGAACUCAGAUAGUAUAUUGUGAAUGUAUUUGUUGCAGUCGAAUGAGAGAGAUGUUGGCGAACAUCGCGGAAAAAUCGGAGUUCAUUUUUGCCAACUAGUUGAUUUCAUAACAUACUCUUAACAAAAACUACGCAUACCAUCCAAUUUAAUAUGAAUGACGCCGGAUAAGCAUUCUGUGUUGCAAAACAUAAAAAGAAUCGUUAUAAUUGUAACUGCUGUAACAAGAUCCAAAUAGGUCGUUUCAUUAAUAAAGUCAAGCUAAUUCAGA